UACAGAUCUCCAGUCUUGCUGAAGCAAGAGCCUCUGAAAAAUCAAACGAAACGAAGGCUGUGAUGUCGCAGUCUAACUAUGGUCCUUCACAUUCCGUAAAGGCGUAUUCAGGAACGCCUGUGAAAAGUUACACCAGCGUCCACUGUGGAAAUAGAGGGCACUACACAAAGAACUGCUUGACAAACAAGGACAAAAAGUGUGAGGACCCUAAGCAGAUUCAAAGGAGCACAGGGAUUCCCCGGAGCUUCGUGGCGGAAGUGCUUGAUCGCAGUCCUAAAGGAACCAUGCUGACCAACACGGGACAAUACGCCAUACCUGUCACUGUUGCGUAAGCAAGCCAACAAAACAGAAUUCCUUAAGGAGAUGACAGACAACCGGUUUGAGUUCAUGCAUCCAGGAAAUUAAAAAAAAAAGAAAAUUAAUUAAUU